UUCUCAACGAAUCGCUGCCGCGAACGGCUGCAAAAGUUUUUAUUAAUUUAACACUUUUUACCUCGCUGCGUUUUCCGUGUUUUUGUUUUAUAAUGUGCAGUUUCGACUUCGAGUACAAACGUAGCAUUAAGUUAAAAACGAGAGUACCCAUUGCUGGUUAAAAGGCGACCAAUAAGCCAGAGGAGGAUCCGACCAAAAAAAAACAAUCGCUUUGGAUUUGUGCUGGCCAAGCAAGCACUGAAAAAUAAGAGCAGGGCAUAGCCACCAAGAAGUCGAAUACACAUCUGUGAAAUGGUGGACUACUAUAAAGUAUUGGAUCUGCCGCGCUCAGCCACCGACAGUGAGGUGAAAAAGGCCUAUCGGAAAUUAGCGCUGAAAUGGCACCCAGACAAGAAUCCGGACAACCUGGACGAGGCCAACAAACGCUUCCACGAGCUGUCCGAGGCCUACGAAGUCCUAUCCGAUGCCCGUAAGCGCAGGGUCUAUGAUGCCCGUGCCACGCUGCACAAGUCCUCGGCCACCGGAAGCAGCAGCAACAGCAGCUCCUACUCCCGCUACCGCAGUGGGAGCGGAGGAUCCUCGUCAUAUGGCCGGGACUACGACUACGACUACUAUCCGGGGUCGGGCUACGGAUCCGGUUCCGGCAGGCGAUCCGGCAACCGCUACCAGGCCUUCACCUUCCGUAACUUUUUCGAGGGCACUCCUUUUCACAAGUUGUUCGAAAAGAAGCGACGCAUCUACGACGAGUACGGCAAGGAUGGGCUGGGUGAACGUGCACAGAGUCGGUCGCAUUCCCGCCACCACUACAGCACACACGAUUUCGAUGACUUUGAUAUUAUGGGCGGCUUUCCAUUUAUCUUCCGCCCGCCAGAGGAGGUAUUCCGCGAGUGCUUCGGAGUAAACGCGACCUUCGCCGAGUUCUUCAGAGAUCCCAACGGAUAUUCUAAUGGCACGAGCAGCUCGAGCAGCAGUCGACGCAAUGGCGGCAGCAGUGCGUCUCGGCAUCAUCAUCCCCACCAGCACAAAUUCGUCAGCCCGUUCGGGAUCAACUACUUCUCCAACGCCUUUACCCCGUUCUCGUCGAUGACAAGCGGUAAUGGCAGUAGCGGUAUCACCCACCUCUCCAGUGGCCCCACCGGCGGGGUCAAGCGCACCUCCACCUCGACGGUGUUUGUUAAUGGCAAGAAACUGAUGACCAAGCGAGUCGUCGAGAACGGCAAGGAAACUGUCUUUUCAUAUGAAAAUGAUGUCCUUAAAUCAAAGACUGUGAAUGGAGUUUCCCAAAAGCUCUCUUCAAUAGCUAAUUAAUAAAAUCCACAUAUAUAAAUAUAUAUCAAUAUCAGCAUCAGCACCGGCUUUAGCCGCAACAACAAUAACAGCAACAAAAAUCAACAAAGAAAAAGUCAUAAAUGUAAAGCAGAACAUUAACAGAUCAAGAUCAACGCGGAUUUCUUAAAUGCUUCGAUAUAUGAUACGUUUAACCAUUUUGUUCUACAUUAGAAUCUAGUUACUCUUAAUGGAACGAACAGCAGAAUAAAUGGAACAGCAGCCAGCGAAGGACCAAGCAAAAGCUCACCAACGGCAGCAGCAGAAGCAAAAGCAUCCACACCAAGAAACAAGGGACAGACAAAAAACGAAUUAAAUUCCUUGUCAUAGCGAAUUGUCGAAAUUUAUUGUUUGAUGGUAGUUUUGCACAAAGCUCCUCAAAAUACUUGCUCCGGUGGAAUAAACCCAACACCAUUGGAAGCAGGAUCAACUAAAACACAAGUGAAAAUGCUAAGCGCUUAAGCAAUUUAGCCAAUAAGUUCAAAGGUGGGCCAGACUUUUAGAGCUGUUCGGGGCGAGUGUGUUUGGGUGUAUAUCUUUGGGGGGAUAAUUAUGUAUUUUUCGUGUAAGUAUCGUUAGUCACUUAAGUUGCCACAAUACUUACUAGGAAAUUGAAAACUGAAAAAGAAAAAAUCUAAGAAAUAUGCAGAUAAAUUAAAUUAAAAUGAAUUAUAUGGCUUUGCGUUAACUUUUUUGUACAUUGUAAAGGAAAUGAAAUGAACUAUAUACAACAUUUUUAAUUAUAAACUAUUUAAAAUGAUUAUACAUAUUUCAUAACCUAAACUUUUUUAUUAAUUUUAAUGCCGUAUCCCUAGCAUAUAGUCGUUUUUUAAAUGCUUAAGACUAUUCUCACAUAACCUGCAAACGAAUUCGAGGAGAAAACAAGCAAAAUUAAUCGUAACAUAACAUAAUCGCCCAUAAUUUAAUACUUUGUUUUAGUAGAGCCUCCAUAAUGAAAAUAAAAGAGACAAAAAAAACAUGAAAAUUUAAAUAUACAACAAAUAAGAAACAUUUAA